AUGAUACCCGCCACUUGUCCGAAUCCUGCGACGCCCUCCCGCAAUCUGGCUGGAAAGACUGAUUUGGACUCAUUGACAGAGCCAAUCAAUACCGAAACACCACGCACAUCCUCAGGCAGAGCGGCCGUCGACGCCAAAACCAAGUCCCUUCGCUUGCGCAUCGGCCAGUUGAUGAAUUCAGAGAUCAUCGUCUGCGAUGCCGAGGAGUUCAUGAGCUACUACCUUCCAAAGCACGAUAUGGACGUUUUCCAACGCGUCCUGAAGCAGCUCUCCAGGUUUCCGGAGGACAGCGAAGACAAAGUCCUCAUCCCUCGUGACGAUCCGAAACGGGAAGCAUGGUUGAAGCAGCGCUUCGGGAAAGGUAGUAUUAAGGAGCAGGCAGUAAAGGGAGGGCGAUCGAGGAAGGGUGGCAAAUCCCGUCAUUCUGCGGAUACCAGUGGCUCUGGGUCGAAGGACCUUGAUGCCACCGCGGGUUCAAACUCAAACGCUACCCUUUAUUCGCACGUCUUCUCCGACUUCAUGUUUAAGCCCUCGCGGGUGAAGAGGCUACACGAGAUCGAGAAGCUGGAGAAAAGGAAAUCAAAGAAGAAGAAGAAGAACCGGAAGGCGAAGAAGGAGGAGACAAAGGAUACGAGCUUGAAGGACGAUGUUGAACCAGCGCACGAGAACACACAGUUCAACCCGAUUGGAACAAUUGGAGAUUACAUCCGAGCAGUUCUCAAGGCCAUAGGAGUCGCGAUAAAUGAGUACCACCUACGCAUGUGUCCCAACACCGCCAUUACAUCUGGAGUCGACGGCUGCAACCACAAGAUUGACGCGUGUCUUACGAAAAACAGGGAAGACCGGUUGUCCAUUACCGACAUCAUCGUUCCUUUUGAAUUCAAGGUGGCCUGCAGUAACGCCAAGGUAUUUGAGAACCGUGGACAGCUAGUUUCUCAUGUCGUGCACACGAUGAACGACGAUGCUCGCCGCCUCUUUAUGUAUGGGAUUACCAUCGAGGAUGACCUGGUAUCUGUCUGGUUCUUUUCUCGCUCUCACUCAGCGAAGGCAACCGUGUUUAGUAUGAUUGAGAUCGUCGUGAAGCGCCCUGACCUUCUCGUACGGGUCCUUGUAUCGCUGUUCUGCGCAACCGAUGAGCAGCUUGGCUUCGAUCCAUUGGUUAGCCUGGUCGGAACAAAGAAUUUCUUGUACACAUUCCCUCCAAGCGAGACUCGGGCCAGCACUCAUUACUAUUUGACCAUUCAUUCGGUUACCGAGUAUCGGUCUUUGCACCUCAGAGGACGUUCCUCUCGAGUCUGGAAGGUCAAACGUGUCCACUCUGCUAAGAACCACGAGCGCGUAGCAGGCACAACAGACAUGAUUCUGAAAGACCUUUCGCUCAGCACUGACACGCCUACAGAAGCUCGCAUUCAGGAGGAGAUGUUCAAAGACAUCGGUGAACUUUCCCAGGAUGCAGAUUGGCGGAAGCGGGACAUCUUGAGGAACUGUUCCAAAGAGGAUUUAGACGAAAUGGGGGAGGUAUUGAAGGACGGGACCAGCUUUAUGAAGUUCUUUUCAUGCAUUGCGCAGCAUCAUACCGGCUCCGCUAGCCUUGCUAUAUGUGCCAAAGGUUGGAGGCUUCCUUCAGUAUUUGAGGACCCAACGGUGGAAGUACAGGCCGCUGCUGCCAACAGCAAGGUUCGCAUACAACUUUCCGCAAAACCUCCAAAGACAUCUGCCGACGCGGAUUUGGGUAAAGGCAAGGCUACGGUUCCCACCGAGAGUAUCCAUCAACAUCCUCUGGAACCAAGACACCAGUUCCGCGCUGUCUACGACCACGUCUACACGCCCCUCCAUGAUAUAAUGACCAUGGGAGAAGCCGUCGACAUUAUAAAGGGGUGUCUAACAGUACUUCGCGUUAUGUUCUGCGCUGGAUGGGUCCAUCGAGACAUUAGCGCUGGAAACAUCUUAGCCGCGCGCGGGAGGCCAAGGGGACCAUGGCAAGUGAAACUAGCGGACCUUGAAUACGCCAAACGGUUCCCUCCAGAUCGCAAAGCGAGUGUCGCUGUGAAAAGUAUGACUACCAAUUUUAUGCCGUGUGAGGUGGCGACCUCUGCGCUCCUGCUCUCUGGUGUCGAGCUUCGAGCGAAGGAGCGAAAGGCCUUGGAGGAGAACGUACGCAGUGUCAUUCACAGCCCCCAACACGACUUGGAAUCCAUCUGGUGGCUCUUCUUUUGGCUUGCCAGCAUGCGAGUAGACGAAGCACUCCCAAGGGCCCACCUCGAGGAAAUCUUUCAGGACUCAGCAGUUGACCUUCCAGCAGUGGCAAACCCUCGCCGAAGCUUUUUCGUUCGGGAGCACAAACAGCACUUGGGUAUUCAUCGGGAUCUCACAGUGUGCGAAGGCCUCCCGCCAGCGUUGCGAGGCCAGUUUCUCGAAAGUCUUGACGAUGUUCGAUACAAUCUCCUCGUGGAAUACCAAAAGCGAAACAGGCAAAUGAAGCAGCAAGAUAUCGGCACUUACUCGCAGAUCAUUGCCGACUUUCGAACCUUUUUUGACGAGAUUGAAGCAUAUAGGGACCAAUGGGAAAAUAUCAAGUUGGUCACCGAUUUGGAGCUACACCAAAGGGCGGCAUAUAGGAAGAAAGAAGAACAAAUCGUUUACCGUGAAACACUUGAUUAUGGUGUGCUAAUAUCCAACAAGCGUCCACUCUCGGAACUUUUCCCAGUGACUGAAGAGAGUACAGGUGGAGAGACUGUGGAGGAUAGCGACUACCCGGAGGACAGUGAUGGCGAAGAUGAGGAAUAUCAACGUCAUCUCCCCAAGAAAGCUCGAUUUUUUUAG